UGUGCUACCUUGCUUUCGGGCCGUUUGAAUUGUGUGAAACUGAACUGAACUGAAACUGCUGAUAGCCAUUCAUCUGAAAGUGAUUACUUCGGCCGCUUUGGUAUUUUCAUCUUGAAGUGCUUAUAUGGAAUGGAAAUGUUUCGCUUGGUGGUCUCCAACAUGAGUGUGAAUAGCAGUCAACGCCCAGAACUAGCCAAAAGAUACCACAGCAGAGAACGCACAUCUUACCGUGAUGCUCCAUAUCCUAGUGAACGCCGCAGUUAUAGGCAAGAUUGUCUUUGCAAUAAAUGUAAACGGCCAGGGCAUUUUGCAAGGGAUUGCCCGAAUAUGACUGUCUGCAACAACUGUGGACUUCCAGGCCACAUUGCAGCAGAAUGCAACUCAACAACUAUGUGUUGGAACUGCAAGGAGCCUGGACAUCUUGCAAACCAAUGUUCUAAUAAUCCAGUCUGCCAUAUAUGUAGUAAGAAAGGCCACCUGGCUCGCGAUUGCUUGAACCCUAGUCCUUCAUCCCAUGAUGCAAGGCUCUGCAACAACUGCUACAAACCGGGUCAUAUUGCUGUCAAUUGCACCAACGAGAAGGCUUGUAACAACUGUCGGAAACCUGGACACCUUGCUCGUGACUGCCCCAACGAACCUGUUUGCCACACCUGCAACAUAUCAGGUCACGUGGCCCGCCAUUGCGCCAAGGCAGGCCUAGCCCCAGACAUCAGAGGCCCUUUCCGCGACUCACAGUGCCGCAACUGUGGGCUGCCAGGCCAUAUCAGCCGAGAGUGCAUAUCGAUUGUCAUCUGCAACACUUGUGGUGGAAUGGGUCACCAAGCUUAUGAAUGCCCUUCUGCGUUGAUGAUGUACGGUCGCGGCCUACGUAGGUAGUGAGCCGGAAGUUUCAUAUGCAGGAUUUGCUUCUCACGUUACACUACAGUAAUUAUGGCUUUACUUAUCCUAAGUCUUAUAAGUUGUAAAUGUACUGGGCUUUUAGUCAGACGCUCAUUCUUUGUUGCAGUAUCUCAAACCUAAUUCUUUGUGUGGCAAGUUAUGAAACUUUGUAAGAACUUAUAAGUUGUUAGCCUACUCUUCUAUUGUCAAUCAGGGCAUUAAGAUGUUGUUACGAUGACAUUCUUAGUUUUUCUAAAAAUUAUGAGUUCUUAAGGGUCUGUUUGAUA